AUGCAGACCGACUUCUUGGGCGUUGAUGUGUCUGACUCCGAACUGGGACAACCAGGACGGGGUUCAUCCUCGCGAUCCUGUCGAGCACAGCCAAUCUUCGCCCGGCAAAGCACGUUGGGCUGCGACACCGUCUGUUGUGCAUUUCCUCACAAGCGCCUUGCUCCAACUUCGUUUCAUUGCCCUCACGACACCCUCGCCAACAGCCGCCGGCCUCCCGCCAACCGCAUCGACGGACAUCCACCGGCGACUCCAAAAUCAAGAAACCCGCGUCGAUCCCUGAUGCCUGGCACCAGUCUGUCCGGAUGGUCGUGUGUGGCUGGACGUCCGGGUGACUUUGCAGCGUCAACCUCGCUAGUUCGACUUGUCAUUGCGCCACGCCUGACUCUCUUUGCUUCCACCUCGAACACCGGCCAAACAUCGACCCGGCAUCGUGAACAUCACAGAGAUACUAGCGGAGACGACGAGCCGACGGAAAACAGCACAGGGCGGAUUCAGAAGACGGCCCGCCGCCGACGGUCGUCCCACGGAACAAGCAAACGUUCAUCCACCGCCUCCUCCACCAAGCGAAAGACUAAGCAUCCCGAUACAGCUCGCCGCUCAUCCUCUUCGAUAUCGAGCUUGAAGAAUAAACAGGGCUCCAUGGGGGCCCCCGAUCCCUACGCGGAGUCUCUCUUGAGCUCCAGGGCUGGCAGACCGUACCCCGCGUUCUCAAAAGAGCACAGCAAAGAGGCAGUCCGGAGCAGAGACAAUUUGGGAGCCCGAAUAGACAUUUUAACCCCUGAACCUACAGAUAUCACUGUUGAAAGGACGAGAGAUGGCCGCCCUGCGAGUCGAAACAAGAACGAGCAGUCAAAACGACAGAGCACUGCAACAAACCCUACGCGCCUCCCGAGUCCACCGCUAACCAACGACGAGAACCAGCCAUCGCGUAGGAGCACACCCAGCGUCAGUAGAACCGCAGAGACGAAAGGAACUUCUGCAGUUAAAGCUGGCGAGGAGGGAAAGAGACCAAAAAGCCGUCCGCACAGCACAAGGUCGUCGUCGAGCCUGAAACGGACAUCUUUGGAAAAUGCGCAGAAACUCGGCGACAAAGUCCACAGGCCCGGCACGCCAUCAUCGAAAUUCAGUAUAUUUGAUGCAUUUCAGAUUCCCCACAGAUCAGCUACGACUUCCUCCAGGCAGAAACAGCAGACGAAAGACGAACGGGCCAAACGAUCGAACAAAUCUCAAAACACUGUAUCGCCUACAGCCUCGGUCUCUGAAGACGAAACUGUCUUGGGACCUAGGACGAGUACUGCUUCUGGUCAGAGAACAUCAUCUCCGCUGCAUUCACGAAACAAAAAGUCUGGCGGGAGAUCCGAGACCCCCACGGGUGGAAGAUCAACCCCAGUCCAUGCUUCAAUGACCAACGGGCAAGCAGUGCCUCGGGCGGCCAGUGUAAAUCCUCCACCGCCCCCUCCGCCUCCGGAUCUACCACUAAUGAUGCCAAAGGUCGAUUAUUUGUUACAGAACGGUGGUUUGAAUCAUCAUGUGCCCCGGAAUUUUCUUGGUGCUGGCGAGUCUGCGAACAUGCCUCAGCAAGCUUUCGAUCCCUCGACUAUUGGAACUAAGCUUUUUGAACCGUUCUCCAACCUCCUAGAUAGUUAUGGAACGGUCCUAUCGAAGCGCGGCUCGCUUGCCGUUGCUACCGGAUAUAGAUCAGUUGCGAGGAGGCUCUUGGAUAGACUCGAGGCUGUUUUCGCGCGGGAUAUAUCACAAGAGGUGUGUGAAUGCUUCAUGUGCCUUGAAUAUGAAGCUUCAGAGGAAGCCAGCGGGGUUAGCUGGGGCGAGGUUCUCGAGCUCGUGUCUGGUCGAAGCGACUUACCGGCCUGGCCACCUUUUCAGAUUCACACUGAGCCGGACACCGUCGAUUUAGGAAAGACAGCCCAUGUUCCCAUGCAGAAACUCGACAUUGAUGUGCCAAAGGAGAUGAGAGAACACUAUCUUCUCCACUCGCGAAAGACUAAGCAAGCUAUCGACGAGUGGUUGUCGCGUCAAACCCCGGAUUCAACAAGUCCACCGGAUAUGGUCGACGACGAGACUCUUGCUUUUGCGAUGUUGACCUACCUCGGAAACGAGCAAAGAAAUCUAUUCAGCAAAUUUCUCGAGCUCCCUACAUCGCCUCCAUCUCCAAAACCACAAACUCCCAAGCCUCGCGGACGUCCAGAAGCCUUAGUUCUCGCUGGAUCCGCUAUUCAACGACUUUACCGCCUUCCUUCGGAGCCACGAGACCCAGACACGGCUCUCUACCUGGUAAAUAAUCCCGAUAUGCACCACGUCCUGGCGACACUCUCCGCGAUCAGCAAUGAUGAAUGGGACAUCCUCAUUUCAGGUCGUUUUGAUGGUUUUCUUCGAAGUGGAGCUGAAGACAAUAUCCCGCCCACCUCGGCUACUGCUCCUCCAUUCAACAGCAAAUCUAGUUCUUCUCGAAAUGGUAUCAAUGGUUCGCGCCCAGCCAGCCAACCGUACGGCCGCCGCCAGGGGCCGGCUUCAUUUGGUGCACCCAUAUCUGUCGAUGAAGAGAACGAAAUCGCGACUCUGGCCGAAAUCGAACGAGAGAUUUACGCGGGGAUGGAAGCGUUGGAAGAUGCUUUUGAAGCUCUGCACUACAAGGCUGAAGCUAUCCGGACCGCACUGCGCGAACGUGGUGCCGGGCUCUCUCUGGCCAACCAAGCGCGACGAGGGAGUCCAUUGGUGCCGGGCCCGAACCCAAAGCUGCCAGGAUUUGGCAGUUCUGUUAACGGAGCGGAAUGCGAGAUGGAUGAUAUGAUUGAUGAUGGACUGUCGUCGAUAGCUCCGUCUGAAUCUGCCAGUAACAUCAGUUCAGUGCGGAGACGACGGCCAAAACGACGCACUGAAAGGCGCACGCCAUCCGUGGUAGGGGAGGAAGAUGAAGGAGAGCAUCAUUUGAAUGUCCCCAGGCGAACUGGCACCGCGAGCUCUGGAAGACGGAGGUGA